CGUGGAUACUCUUGCCGGAACGGAAAUCUUAUAGUUUAGAAAGAUUGAGCCGAAUGUCCAGCAAAGAUAAGAUUAAACAAGCCCACCGAGCUCUUGAUGACAGUAAAUUAUUAGCCGAAUUGUUGGAAAAAUUAAUGAAAUUAUUAGCCGAAAAGCAGAUUACUCAUUGA